AUGCUAUUCACUGUUCAACCAUCAUCUGCUGAUGCUGAUGUCACCUUGGAUGGGCUCGCCACAACUGGUAAUACCUUAACGCAGCUGCAUAACUUUUUUGAACACCACACCUUUGACACCGCUGGACCGUAUUCUGACCUUUUUUCUGUAUUGCUCUCAUGCUGUAAACAAUUGGUGGAUGCAAACCUCCAUCAUCAUACAGUUCUCGUCAAUCAACGACGGGAAAUAAACCGCUUAUCUUCUGAGACAGAGGCUUUGUGUGAUUUAACAGCGCGCUGUCAGGAGCGUAUCCGUGAGAUGAACUCUUUACCUGCGGAAUCUCGUGUUGUGGAGCGCAAUAUUGAAAACACAUCACAUCCAGGAACAGAAAUUACUACAUCUAAUGGUGCCGAUUUGGUAUUCCUUCGGGAACGUAUAGAUGAGGCGUAUAAACGUCUAGAGAAAACAGAGGCUGGUAUGGUUGAUGUACGCCGUCUUCAAGAUGAACUUAAGCAGCAAGAACUUGAGAAUCAACGACAACCCCAUACGGUUGAAGAACGAGUGAAUCAAUUAGAAGAAGAUGUUAACAAGCUCAGUCGUGGGAUUUCAGCUCAUGCUGAGUACGUUGAUGGCGAAGUUGCUGCAAUAAAGAAUGCAGUUAGUUCUAUAUCUUCUUCUGAUCCUGCAUCAUCUUCCGCAGAACCUCUUCUCGAACUCAAACUUUAUACUGACAAUAAAGUAGAGGCACUGAAAGAUGAACUCUGUAGUGCCUUACAAGAAGCUGUUGUAAAUGAAGAAAUGGAAGACACAAAUAUCUCUAUUGGUCAAUCAUCUACAAACCCUUCCCAUAUUGCUGUACCUAAACUUAGAAACUCCAAUGAAAAUAAUGAUAGUAUGCGAAAUAAUAAUAGUAAUAAUAAUUUAAUUACUACCUUGCAUCAAUUUGCUUUACAUACAACAAAACCAACUUCUGAUAAAAUUGAACAGAUAGAGAGUCGUUUGGAGUGUCUGGAAGUGUAUGCACCGCAUUACUGCGCCAUGUCUGCCCGUCCACCACUUUUGGGAGUUGAACUGCGUGAUGAAAAGGGAACUGGAAUUCGUGUAGAUAAGGUAUUCCAGGGCUUUGCAGCUGAGGAAAUAGGUAUGAUGCCUGGAGACAUUAUAAUUGCCCUGAAUGGACAAGAGGUACUGACGCGAGCGGAGAUGUAUGCAGUAAUGACAGAAUUGGCCCGAGAACAUCAGGAUAAGUGUCGUCUUUUGAUGGAAUUAUACUUCAAACAACAUAGUGAACGAAGAAUAGGUGAUGAUGUUACUGCUAAUGCUGGUAGACAUCGUGUGAGGAAUGGGAAUACCAAUCAUAGUGUCCCUCUUGGGGGUGAAGAGGUUAAAGUGACAGAUGUAUUCAGUUUUGAUGAUUGCAAAUUACCCCAGUUAGAGCUAAAGAUUCACGUCAAACGUGGAAGUAUACUGCACGAAAUGGCAUUUCUCGUUAAACCAAAUGAUAACGCUUCGAGAUGA